UAUAACAGUAGUUAACAUAAAAACUCAUCUGGAUGACUCGUGUCCUUUUUAAGUUAUUCUUGCCCAGCCUGGUCUGUACGUAUGCCCUCUGAACUGGCUUAGCAAACCAGGAAGACGGCUCAUCACCACCUUGUCAAGGGCAAUUGGAAGUGGGCACUACAUGCAUUUACAGAAUGAUUUGAAGAAGAAAUAGAAGGAACUGGAAUUCAGUUAUAUUCUUGUAAUUUCUUUUUGUUUUGAAGGUUGAUCUACAACACAACGACUGAGACCACACAAACACCACCCGGAGUUGAUGUGCGAAUCCCUGGAUUUGGUAAAACGUAUCCUCUGGAAUUCCUGGAUCCCAGCAAAAGGACUGUUGGGUAUUAUUUCUACACUCUGGUGAAAUCUAUGGUGGAAUGGGGUUACUUGAGAGAUGAAGAUGUCCGAGGUGCUCCCUAUGAUUGGCGUCGGGCACCCAAUGAAAAUGGCCCAUUUUUUAAAGAGCUGCAGAAGAUGAUUGAAUCUAUGUACGAACAGUAUGGUAGCCCUGUUGUCCUGAUUGCGCACAGCAUGGGAAACCUCUACACACUUUACUUCCUCAACCAUCAGCCCCAGGAGUGGAAAGACAAGUAUAUUAAAUGUUACGUUGCACUGGGGGCUCCUUGGGGAGGUGUGUCAAAGACUUUGCGAGUGUUGGCUACAGGAGACAAUGAUCGAAUUCCUGUCAUCAGACCACUGAAGAUACGUGAACAGCAACGGACUGCCGUCUCCACAAACUGGCUGCUUCCUUACAACAACACCUGGUCAGUGGACAAAGUCUUUGUCACCACGCCAACAUACAAUUACACUAUGAAGGACUACCAGAAAUUCUACCAGGACAUAAACUUUAAAGAUGGCUGGCUCAUGCGGCAAAACACUGAAUCGCUGGUAUACAACUUGACUGCCCCAGGGGUAACAAUACACUGCUUGUAUGGAACUGGAAUACAAACACCUGAGUCCUUUCAUUACGAUGUUUUCCCUGACCAGGAGCCCAAAGUCCACUAUGGUAACGGGGAUGGGACGGUCAACCUUGUGAGUGCUCUUCAGUGCCAAAACUGGGCAGGGAAGCAGAAAGGCAAAGUCUAUAUGAAGGAACUGCGUUCAAACGAACAUAUCGAUAUGCUGUCCAACCUCACCACAAUUUCCUACAUCAAAAAAGUGCUAUUUAAUCUGCCUCUGUUUUGAAUUCUGAAUGCGAGAAAGCUGUCUUUUAUUUAUAGUCCCGCCAUGUUUUCCUGGUGAACUGAGGCAGAGCAUCAUACCAUGAAUUCUGUGUAAUGUAUCUAUUUCGAACAAAGUUUGAUAUCUGGCUUUAUUGGAGCGUAAGUUGCAUUAAAAAAAAACAACUAAUUUUCCUCCUCUAAGGGGCUACAGACUUAAUGAAACCCUCACUCUCAUGUCACUCCAGAACAGUGCAUUAUAUAAUCCAGACAGUUGCAAAGUAACAUGUUUUCCACAUUUCAGAGGUUAAUGGUGUUCAGUUUGUGUCCUUUUUCCAGUUUUGACAUAGCGUUAGCUAGGAAGGUAAGAGUUGAAAGGGGGCCCUUGAUCCUGUUGCACCAUGUAUGUUGGACUGUGGCUGAUUUGUAUUUUAACUGAAGUAGGGUAGUCAACGUGAAGUAACAAGGGGGCUCUUGUGGCAGAAUGCAAAUAUCUUCACCUGUGGCCCAGAAAGUCAUUGUCUAAGUUCCAGGAAGGUCUGGCAGCAUCCAUGUAGAGAAAAUCAGAGUUAACGUUUCAAGUCCGGUAACCCUUCCAGACCCGAAACGUUAACUCUGUUUUUGCCUUCGCAGAUGCUGCCAGACCUGCUGAGCUUUUCCAGCAACUUUGUUUUUGUUCCUGAUUUACAGCAUCCACAGUUCUUUUGGUUUUUACUGUCUAAGUCCCACCUGUCAUGAAGAUAUAUCAUACCUUAGAUGAACAGGUUAUUAACAAGAUUUUUCAAGUGUAAAGUAACAAGUCCAAAUUGACUGCUUUGAACCAAAAGUUGUUUACCAUGAUAGUGGUAUUGUGGCAGUAUAGUUUGAGAAGUGAAACAGGAGCAGAGCCUAUUUAUUCUUUUCAAAAAUUUAGGGAUUACAUCUGACCAUGCCCAUCACUUCCGGGCCGAUGGAUUUAGCUGCAGCCCUAAUAGCUGUCUGCUUCUACUGAACCCUUUAACUAAACUGGAUUAUAUUGGUGUGCUUUUCUGAAGCUAAGGUGCAUUAACAAGGGAAGUGUAGGGACCUGUCCUGAUGAGGGUUAUCAUUGAAAUGACGAUGGAGAAUGUGCUGCUCUAAGUACAGAAGCAUAGAUAAGAAUGACAUUCAAGCCACUACUCCCUUUAGUAUGCUCAACCCUCUCUUUUUAACAUCCAAACCAUGUUUUAAAUAUCCCUACCUCCAUUAGCUUAUUGAACACAUUAUGUUAUUGACCAGCCUGGUACCGACUGUCUUCCUGAUUUUGAAUUUGCUUUUCGCUACUUUGAAUGCUCCUCUUCCGGUCCUGUUUUGAGUUGACACUUCAGAUGGAGGGGAAUCUGAUGUAUUUUCCCAAAGGUGAAGUCUCUUGUUUUCUGUGGACAGACUAAUGACUCUGAUAAUUAUUUGACCUUUUUUGAGGCUCUGUGCUUAGAAUUGUUUAACUUUAUGAAUUCUAGCCAAGAAUAUUAGAGAGUAUAGUUGUGCAGUAUUUUGUUCCUAUAUUUUGAUAAUUUAAUUCUGUCUGUUUCUGUGCCUUGUCUCACUUGUGGAUUAUGUUAAAGGUGUUGACGCUGUAACUUUAAUUUCCUCUUCACCUCUCCACCUCUCCACCUCUCCACAAAAGCUAUUUCUCUCCUCCGCCCUAAUUCUGAAAUCCCCACCUUUAUCCAGUUUCUCUCCUAAACCACUUUGGAAAGGGUACAAAGUUAUCGUAGGAAGGAGGCACCCUUCUUCAUGCUUUCCUGUCCCAUUGCCAUAAAAGUGCUGAUAACCUGGUUUCCCUUUCUGGUUCAGGUAUUUGUUGAAAGUUGUAUAUGAUGUAACACAAUUUUCUUAUGACAACACUCUAAAGCUCCUUGGGUACAUUCUUAGGAUGACAGGGAUGGGACUUUCGGAGGAAGGGGUCACAUUUAACAAUCUAGCAGCAGAAGAAUGGUAUAUAGGUCAAUCAAGUUAUUUUUGUAAAUCUAUCUGUAAACAGCACAUAAAAUAAGACAAACAUUAUAUUCAAGGGAUGGUGGGACAGUGUGAAAGGAAUCAGUUGUUCUGUUUGUAUUGGGCCAGGAUGGGUAGUUUGCAUUAGCCAAAGCUUUCUCUCCCUUACACUCUCCUAGACAAAUAGAGGUGAUCCACUAAAAAAGGAUUUGAGAGUUACCGCCCAUUGUCAAACAGAUGGACAUCAGGUCCUAGGUUUCAAUUUUGAUAGUUUCUUUGCUCCUAAACGACAAUUCUUUUUUUGAAAAAAACAGGAGCGAUGUGCCUGAAUCGUAAAAGCUGAAGGCAAGAUGGGGUCAGCAGGAUAUAGUUACUUUUAUAAUAAAAUAAGCCUUUAGUAUCCCGUUUACAUUUUCAAAGAUUUCUGGAUAUUUCAAAGCCUAGAAUGGUUUUGACUCUGAAAGUUUGUUAUAAAUGUUGGGUGUUGACAAUUUCCUCAGUCUAAUGAUAAUAUCCACGUGGCAUAUUUUAAUAUAUAGUACUAUUGCAAAUAUGGCAUAUUCCAAGUAUUUGGUCAGUGAAUUUGCCAGUGAUUAUUUAUGGACAUGAAUAUUUUCUUAAUGUUAUAUUUUUGAUACAUGGCACAUUUCUCAUGGUGCCAAGUCUGGGUGCAGCCAUUAAGCAAGCUGCUAAAGACACUUAAAAAAAAAAAAAACCUCUUUCCACAAUUGCUGGUCCCUUGUGCUUGUGAUGAAAUUCCUGAAGUCUUCAAGAUUGCACCACUAUAAUCCUGAUAAUCAAAGGAAAAAUUCACCUGAAACCCUCAGCACCAUAUUUAUCAAGGGUAGGGUUUCUAUGGCUGUACAGCCCCGGCAGCACUCGAAUCGUCCCCCUAGCUAUUCCCAGUGGAAGCUACUUGGGAAAUGCCUGAGGCACAUCAAUGAAUAUAACCUUUUGAGUGCCUCGUGAAUAGGCAGUGACUUGUGGGCAGAUUGCCAGCUUGCCCCUGCUCCAUUUCACCCCCACCUCAACAAAUGCUGUGUAGUUUGAGAAGGUGGGGUGGAAAAAUCAAAUAUUUAUUACUUUAAGAUAGAAGAGUCCGUGGUUAGCUUGAUGUCUGUCUGAGGGGUUGGUAACUAUAGUGUAUUAAUGGUGUUGCUCACACCUCUAGCUUGUAAUUCCUAAUGUAUCACUGAUAAAUGCCAAUAUUGCUUCACUAAAACCAGUGUCUGUUUCUACUAGAGUGUUAUAUUUUUCACUGGAUAAUAAACUUGAUUUUAACACCCUGAAAA